AUCUCUGCUCGCUGCCAGGUGCGUUGAGUUCGUUAUAUUUUAGCAUUUACUCAACGGCAACGGCAGUCUAGUCAUGAGCGAUCGUAUGGCAGCUCAUGCUGGUCCUCCUGGUCCUUCGAAUUAUUAUCAUUACCCUUACGGAGCUGCUGGGCCAUUUCCUGGUCAAUAUCAGCGAUAUCCUGUCAAUGUCAAUGUACCAAUGAAUGGACACAUUCACCGACCAAUAUUUCAUCCUCAUUACAAUUAUCAUCAUCCUCAUCCUCAGCCUGCUCCUUAUGUUCCAAGCCAGCAACCGCUUUCUCCCUUACCAAAACAAUUCGGCGAUCAGAUCGGAAGUAAAAAUAUAGAACCCGAGGAGACGCCCAAUCCACCACCAACUUCACCUCCUUCAUCACCUAUGCCUAGCACAGAUCCAAAACUAGGUGGUUGGGUUAUUUGGUCAAAACGUCCCACGGAUCCAUCAACAGCUCCUGGUAUCAUCAUCUCUCCUCUAGCUCAUCCUCCUCGCGAUGUCAUUCAAUACGCACUCGAUAUUCCAACACCUCCUCCAUCUCCUACACCAGUCGUUAUAGAUCUAUCAGCGCCAACCCCGCCUUCUGAUAUCCCAGAUGGCACGGAAUCAAAUACGACUCCUCCGCUUUCGACAGCAUUUGAUACACCUGCUCCCGAACAACAACCAUCGGUGGAUGCCACGUCAACCCCCACCGAACCAGAGCUUGAAGCAUCAUCCCCUGAUCACGUAGAGGCACCUAAGCUACCCGAACCUGAUUCAGAACCUUCUACGUCCGCUGCUGCGCCCUCCUUACCUGAUGUAGAACCUUCUGCGAUAUCCGAUGUAGAUCCUUCUACCUCCACUGUUACUCCCAUCCCAUCUGAUGCAGAACCUGCUACUGUGUCCAAGCCAUCCAACGCAGAAGCCUCCACGUCAGCCCCUACACCCGCACCCGCCCCAAAGCCCGCCGUAUCAUGGGCUUCUCUCCUCCGCAAACCCGGCCCCUCCAACCUCCCCGCAUCCUCCGUCGUAGGCUUCUCCAUCCCCGCCUCCCCUCCCCCAAACCCCGCUUCCACAAAAUCCCCCUCCCACCCUAAAAAGUCCGAACUUCUGAAUUUGCUCAAUUCCGGCGGAUCAUCCGCAGCUCCCAUUCGCAUCAGGCCACGCGGCCUUGUCAACUCUGGCAACUUGUGCUUCGCUAACGCGGUUCUCCAGGUCCUCGUGUACUGUCCUCCAUUCUGGCGCUUCUUCACAGAUCUCGGGCGGUUGCUUGAGCCUACGGAGCAGUCUAAUACCCCGCUGGUCGAUGCUACUAUUCGGUUUGUGAGGGAAUUUUCGCCAAAAGAGAAGGCGCCUGUUGAGGGCAAGGGCAAGGGCGUAGAGCGCUAUGGAUCAAAUGGUCUCGUACAUGAGGAAGUUGAUGAAGAUAUUAUGGAUUCGUUUAUGCCGACUUAUGUAUAUGAUGCUUUGAAGGAGAAGAAGAGGUUCGACCAUAUGCGCGGUGGACAUCAAGAAGAUGCAGAAGAGUUUCUUGGAUUCUAUCUCGACACGCUCGAAGAAGAGCUCUUGACGCUUUCCGCGUCACUCACUAACCCCAGCCCAGCUCCAGCUCAGAAUAACAACGCUCCAGCAAACAACACACAAGAAGACGGCUGGCUCGAGGUGGGCAAGCGUAAUCGCACCGUCAUCACGCGCUCCACAAAGACAGCCGACUCCCCCAUGACCCGUAUAUUUGGCGGCAAAUUCCGCUCCAUCCUCCGCGUACCACACCAAAAAGACUCUGCCGUUCGCGACACGAUUCACACAAUCAAAGACGCCCUAACGCACAUCUCCACUCCCCAAUCCGUGCAAGUCACUUCCGUAACCCGCCCCGGCGCCACCCUUGACGCUACUCAACAAGUGCACAUCGAGUCCCUCCCUCCGAUCCUCAUCCUGCAUCUCAAGCGGUUCUUGUACGACGCCAAUAAAGGGGGCGUUGCAAAAGUUGGGAAACAGGUUGGGUUUACGCCUGAGCUGGAGGUUGGAAGUGAGGUGAUGGUACAGGGGAGGAAGGUGAAUGGGACGAGGUAUCGGUUGUUUGGAGCGCUCUACCAUCACGGCCUCUCGGCCUCAGGCGGACACUACACCCUCGACGUCCUUCACCCCAAUAUCGACAUGUCAACUCCACCUACGAAGGCGCGCGAGGGGUGGAUACGCAUUGACGAUGAAUUGGUUUCGGAUUUGAGAGCCGAGGAUGUGUUUGGGGGCGUAGAGAAGGAUGAGACGAUGAGGUGUGCGUAUUUGUUGUUUUACAGGAGGGUUGGUGCGGGGAGGGGUUAGGGUUUUGGUUUGGUUUAGUAGUGGUAGGUGUAGGUAGCGACAGUACUAGUACUAGCGCUAGAUUUUGUCGCUUUGAAUGUGAUGGGUUUUUUGUUUGGAUCGAAAUA